UCUUUUACUUUGAAGUUUAGAAUUGGCAGGCGUUCCCACAUUGUUCGCUUUAUUCUAAUCGAACGAAUCCAGGGCAUUCCCAUAAUCGACUUAGACCUUCGCGCAUUGAGAGAAGAACGCCAAAAAUUCUUGAAACAGAUUGUCGAUGUGGAAUGCUCAUUCUAUAGCAGGAACAUGAUACACGAGGACUUAUACCCACGGAAUAUACCUAUCAAGCAUGAAGGAGACCAGAGAACGCCGGAAAUUGUGACCGUCGACUUUGGAUCGUUGAUCUCCGGACGCACUCGUAACCCAGAAAACGUUGAGGAAGAGCAACGACACCUCCCGAGGACUCCAAUUAGCCCAUUGUUUAGAUGGAAAAUCGUGGUGAACCGUCAGUAUACCUUUGAUGAGCGGAUCCACUGGCCAUGGCAACCUUGUCUUGAAGAGCAAUACAAAGACACAGUGGCAUGCAUGAUGCAGGAGAAGUGA